AUGGUGGGAGUUCCCCACAGCACCGGCUGCGAAAGCUGUCGGAAGCGCAAGAAAAAGUGCGACAACAGGGCACCAGCAUGCACGGCCUGUGUCGUCUCGGGGCGCAUUUGCCCAGGGUAUCAAAGAAAGUAUAAGUUUGUCAAUGAGAAUGCUUCGCUCCUGGCGCAUUAUCGGAAGAAGAAGUACCUCCUUGAAGAAAUUGGUGCCGACCGAGAUGAGACUGUGGCUUUAUCGAGGUCCGCGGGCAACCACCCUUACCACACCAUUCGCUCCUACGAAUGGAUUUGCUGGCCCUUGACUUCAGGUCAGGAACAUGAUGCGGCCAAUCUGGUCUAUAUCAUGCAGGAUUCCAUGAGUCAGAUGAUUUUCCCUCUGAACUCACAUGGAAGCUUUUAUCAGUAUAUUCCAGGUCGAUUGGGGCGAAAUGCUGCUCUGGACUCUGCCAUCGCUUGCCUUUGUACUGUGUAUGCAGACAUUUUGGCUGCUAACGGGGCUAUUUCGAAAGAUGCUUGGCGGAAAUAUGCCCAGAGUACUGGGGCGCUACGCUUGUGUCUAGAUGAUCCCGGGCGUUGCCUUCAGUCGGAGACUGUUUGUGCUUCGAUUGUGUUGCAGUUGUGCGAGCUGUUGACAAAUGCCGAUAAUGGGCGGUGGAACCAGUUGUCGCACGGGACCAAGGCUCUCAUUGCGAAUUGUGACAUACGUCGGUUUCAGCAACCGUUUGAGCGGGCCAUGCUGGAAUCGCAGAGGGCGUUUUUCAUUGUUCAGGACAUGAACCUGCGACAGCCGUGCUUUCUCGCACAGUCCCCUUGGCGGGAGUUCUUGCGAGAAACGGAAGAGACUGCGUUGACACCUGGAACUCGGGCUGCUGCUCUGCGAUCGAAGCUGUGCGACUGGCUGGUGGAUGUUCCUGUGUUUCUUGAGCAAGUUUCGGGUAUCUUGCGUUGUGGAAGCUAUGGGAUGAAGCUAGAGAGACUUGUGCAACGAGCCAUGGCCAUACAUGGCCAGAUAGAAGGUUGGUAUCUCGCCGAAGUGGUGCCGGCUGUCCCGUAUGUUGAACAAGACGGGGACGGCCGUGCGCCACUUCGCCCAUAUGAGUACUCUCAGCCCCUCAUGGGCGUUUUGGAUUGCGUGGCAAACUCUACGCUCAUUGCCCUGGAAGAUGCCAUCUCUACCUCCGUGUCUCUCUUAUCUGACUCGAACGGCUUCCAUGAAUCCAUCGACUACUCUACCCUAAUUUCGAAACGACAGCAGACCAUCUGCAAUGCGCUUGAAUACGUCCGGGGAUACUCCCCGGUGGCUGCCAAACCUCUAGAAUUUGGCCUACAGCAGCUGCGAUCACUUGGAGCAGGCCAUAAAGCAUAUCUUGAAUCAAGUAUUCACCCGACCGAAUGA